AUGAAGAUGUCAAGCAAAAAUUUCCGGGAACAUAUCCCUCCUCAGACCGCCCAAACCUCUAGACUAUACCCUAUACUGGAUAAAUCCAAGCCCUCAGUUCCUCCUAAGUCAAAACCUCGGACUGUCCUUCUGCCCGAGGAGAAUACCUUGUUAGACCUACUAACAGAGGAACCCCCACCUUACCAUCCUCAACCUCUCCCCGACCCCAACCCUCAUCCGGAUUCCUCCGAGGAGGAUGAGGAACCCCCAACUGCCGGGACCCUCCCAGACCCCUCUCCGAUGGUGGGAAGACUCCGGGGACGCAAGGAGCCUACAACUUCUGGGGAAACCUCAAAGGCUUUCCCCUUGAGACAAACUGGAGGCCCCAACGGUCAAUAUCAAUACUGGCCUUUCUCUGCCUCCGACCUUUAUAACUGGAAAACCCAUAACCCUUCCUUCUCGAGUGACCCUGUAGCCUUAACCUCUUUGAUUGAGUCCAUUCUAGUGACCCACCAACCGACCUGGGAGCUUCUCCAGACUCUCCUCAUCUCCGAGGAGAGACAAAAAGUCUUAUUAGAAGCCCAUAAAAAUGUUCCUGGGGACAAUGGGCGUCCCACCCAACUCCCCAAUCUGAUUAAUGAGGCUUUUCCCUUGACGCGGCCUGAUUGGGAUUACAACACUGAUGAAGGUAGGAACCACCUACGUCUCUAUCGCCAGUUACUCAUAGCAGGUCUCCAUGGGGCUGGACGAAGGCCCACCAAUUUGGCUCAGGUAAGACAAACUGUUCAGAGGGCGGACGAAACCCCUACUGCAUUUCUAGAAAGAUUGAAGGAGGCAUAUCGAAGGUUUACUCCUUUCGACCCAGAUAGUGAGGAACAGAAAGGCAAUGUCUCUAUGGCAUUCAUUUGGCAAUCUGCCCCUGACAUUAGAAGCAAGCUACAAAGGUUGGAUAAUCUGCAGGAUUUCUCCCUAGCAGAUUUGUUAAAGGAAGCAGAAAAGAUUUACAAUAAGAGGGAAACUCCAGAAGAAAAAGAAGAGAGGAUUAGGAAAGUGCAGGAGGAAAGGGAUUUGAGAUACCGAGAGGAAUUAGAUAAGAGGGAUCGGCAGCGUAAUAAAGAAAUGAGUAAAGUACUGGCCGCAAUAGCUCAGACAGGGCCAUAAGAGACUAGGCCAGGGAAAGAAAGGGGAUGAAGCAGGCCCCAUGUGGAACACGACCAAUGCGCCUACUGUAAGGAAAAAGGACAUUGGGUAAAAGACUGUCCAAAAAAUCCCAAAAGGCUCCCCGACUCAAGGAGGUACCCCAACAAAACCCCUCAACUACUAACUUUGGAUGAUGAAGAUUAGGGACGUCAGGGCCAGGAGCUCCCCCCUGAGCCCCGGAUAACUCUACAAGUGGGGAAGCAACCGGUAACCUUCCUAGUGGACACAGGAGCCCAACAUUCAGUGCUGAUGCAGGACCCCGGACUCCUAAGUGGAAGGACAACAUGGGUCCAGGGGGCCACCAGAUGCAAACCGUAUCGAUGGACCACUAAAAGAGAAGUCCAUCUUGCCUCAGGUAAGGUCUCCCACUCAUUCCUGCAUGUGCCCGACUGUCCAUACCCAUUACUAGGAAGAGACUUACUAACCAAACUAAAAGCCCAGAUUUGUUUUGAGAAUGGAAGGGCCUCUAUAAGUGGGCCCAACGGGGUGCCUCUCCACAUAUUGACUUUUAACUUGGAAGAUGAAUAUAGACUAUUUGACAAACUCCCCGAACUUGGCAAAGAUAUGGACUAUUGGCUCAGCUCCUACCCAGAGGCCUGGGCUGAAACUGGGGGAAUGGGAAUGGCAAUACGCCAAGCCCCCAUAGUGAUCUCACUCAAGACCACUGCAAUACCUAUAAAUGUUAAGCAAUACCCCAUGUCCAGGGAAGCUUACCUAGGCAUUAAACCGCAUAUCAAGCGGCUCCUAGAUCAAGGCAUACUGACACCUUGCCGGUCACCCUGGAACACCCCCUUACUCCCAGUCAAAAAGCCAGGGACUCAAGACUAUCGCCCGGUCCAAGAUUUAAGGGAAAUAAACAAGAGAGUGGAAGACAUCCACCCCACGGUACCCAACCCUUACAACUUCCUCAGUACCUUGCCUCCCACCCAUACCUGGUAUACUGUCCUAGAUUUGAAGGAUGCAUUCUUCUGCUUGAGGUUGAGUCCCCAGAGCCAGGCCCUAUUUGCAUUUGAAUGGAAGGAUCCUGAGGAAGGACUCUCAGGACAAUUGACCUGGACCCGAUUACCACAAGGAUUUAAGAACAGUCCAACACUUUUUGAUGAAGCCAUACAUCAGGACUUAGCUGAUUUCCGGCAGGGAUAUGCAAAGGGGGUCCUAACCCAGAAAUUGGGACCAUGGAGACGCCCAAUCGCCUACUUGUCAAAGAAGUUGGACCCUGUGGCUUCAGGAUGGCCUCCCUGCCUCCGGAUGAUAGCGGCAGUAGCAAUCUUGAUUAAGGAUGCUACUAAACUGACUCUGGGACAACCACUAACCUUGUUAACUCCACAUGCCAUUGAAGCAGUAAUCCGGCAACCUCCUGACCGCUGGAUCUCCAAUGCCCGGCUUACCCACUACCAAUCUUUAUUGCUGGACACGGACCGAAUCCGGUUCGGUCCUUUAGUAACUCUAAACCCAGCCACGCUUCUGCCUCUCCCCGGGGGACCCGUCCCCCACAAUUGCCAACAGAUUCUUGCAGAGACCCAAGGAACUCGACCAGAUCUGUCAGACCGACCCAUGACGGACGCGGAGUUGGUCUGGUUCACUGACGGGAGUAGCUAUUUGCUAGAUGGGGAACGACGAGCAGGAGCAGCCGUCACCACUGAAUCAGAGGUAAUCUGGGUGAGCGCGUUACCGGGAGGAACAUCAGCCCAGCGAGCAGAGCUGAUAGCUCUGACGCAAAUAUUAAAACUGGCUGAGGGGAAGAAACUCAAUGUAUACACAGACAGUCGGUAUGCCUUUGCUACCGCCCAUAUCUAUGGAGAAAUAUAUUGGCAGCGAGGGUUAUUAACCUCAGAGGGAAGAGAGAUCAAGAAUAAGACUGAAAUCUUAGCCUUAUUAAAGGCCCUCUUCCUGCCAAAGAGACUAAGUAUAAUACAUUGCCCUGGUCACCAAAAGGGAGACCAUCUAGAGGCAAAAGGAAACAGACUGGCAGACGAAACUGCUAGGAAUGCAGCUUUAGGCCCCCAGCUCCUGGUGACUACUCUAUUGCCCCAAAAGGCCACAAAGACUUCCAUUGACCCUGAUGAACAAUGGGUGUACGAGGACAAGGACCUAGACAUUGUACAAAACCUAGGGGCUAACUAUAACUCAGCAGAGAACACCUGGGAAUACCAAGGGAAGACAAUAAUGCCACUCAGGAAUGCCAAGGAAUUGAUUAAGUCCCUGCACAGGCUCACACACUUAGGGACAAAGAAAAUGAAAAACCUCUUGGAUCGAGGGGAAGGAAAUCUAUACUUGCCCCAUAGAGACUCUCUUAUUAAGCAAGCAGUAGAAAAUUGCCAAGCCUGUGCCCAGGUGAAUGCAGGCAAGAUCAACACAGGAGCCGGGGUACGGGCCAAAGGACAUAAACCCGGGACCAAUUGGGAAGUGGACUUUACGGAGAUCAAGCCUAGUAUGUAUGGAUACAAGUACCUCUUAGUUUUUGUUGAUACCUUCUCUGGAUGGGUAGAAGCGUACCCUACCCGACAUGAAACGGCCAAAGUUGUGGCAAAGAAGCUGUUGGAAGAAAUUUUUCCGCGGUAUGGUAUCCCAGGGACCAUUGGAUCAUACAACGGGCCUGCCUUCACCUCUCAGGUAAGUCAAUUAGUGGCCAGUACAUUGGGGAUUAAUUGGAAAUUACAUUGUGCUUAUCGACCCCAAAGUUCAGGACAGGUAGAAAGAAUGAAUAGAACCAUUAAGGAGACUUUAACUAAAUUAACGCUUGAAACUGGCACUAGAGACUGGGUACAACUCCUGCCAUUAGCUUUGUACAGGGCCAGGAACACACCUGGUCAUCAGGGAUUAACCCCCUUUGAAAUCCUGUAUGGUGCACCACCACCUGCUGUAAAUUUCUAUGAAACUGAGAUUUCUGCUCUAUUUACCCCUACCCUACAGACCCACUUACGCGCAUUACAGUUAGUCCAAAAUGAAGUCUGGAAGCCCCUAGCGGCAGCCUACAAGGAACAACUGGAGAAACCAACAGUGCCACACUCCUUCAAGAUAGGGGACACCGUCUGGUCCGCAGGCAUCAGAACAAAAACCUUGAACCUCACUGGAAAGGACCUUACACCGUCUUGCUGA